GUCGAUGGGCGUGCAAAAUCCCGACCGGCGAUGGCGACUCAACGAUGAGAUGGAUACUAAGGAGCCGUUCGAAGAGCGAUAGACUGCUUUGGCUCACGCUGUCAACCAUAACGUGCAUACUUGCCAUUCUGCUCUAUCGCUCACCGGACGCAACGGCGCUCAGACUGCGAGCUUCGGAUCGAAAAGCAGUACAAUGGAAUAUCAAGCACCAUCUCGGUGGCAUCUCACCUUGGUAUGCGCGAACUCCGCAAGGUAUCAAUGGCUCCCAUGAUGUUCCACCUGGCUGUGUCGUCGAUCAAGUUCAUCUCAUGUCGCGUCAUGCAGAGCGAUUCCCCACACUGGCACCUGGAAUACGCAUGCUCGAGCUAUACCAACGACUGCAGCAUGCCAACAUUACGUUCACCGGGGACCUGGCUUUUGUCAACACCUGGAACUUCCUCGCGCCAUUGCCUGAUCAGCAAUUCGAGCAGCUGACAACGACUGGCCCUUACGCUGGAACUCUGAGUGCCUUCUCCGCUGGCGUCAAGCUCAGGACAAAGUAUUUCCACUUGCUGGAGUCAGCAAUUGCCCGGCGACAGACAUCAUUUUGGGCGAGUGACUCACAGAGGGUCAUCGAUACUGCCAAACACUUCGCUUCUGGUUUCUUUGGUAUGGACUGGGCCGACUAUACAACCCUCCACAUCAUCCCGGAGACACUUGAGCAAGGGAGCAACACGUUAACACCCGGUCGUGCAUGCCAGAACUAUUUCGAUGACACCGAUGACUACGGCCGUGGCUACGGAGCCAAACAACUAAAAGCGUUCGGCGAGACAUACCUUCCGGCCAUUAGCCAACGUCUUUUGAAUGGCAACCCCGAGAUCGCAUUCAGCAACGAAGAAGUCUAUACUAUGCAGGAGAUGUGCGGCUUCGAGCUCAUGGCCAAAGGGUCCUCCCAAUGGUGCGACGUCUUCACUCACGAGGAAUGGCUGAGUUUCGAGUACGCCAGGGACAUAUGGCACUACUACCGCGCAGGAUCUGGGAAUCCGUACGCCGCCCCAUUGGGCUUGCCAUGGCUAAAUGCUACCACGAAGUUAUUAAGGCAAGGACCGGAAGCCGGACCUCUAUUCUUCAGCUUCAAUCAUGACGGCGAUAUCAUGACCCUGCUAGCAGCUCUUGAUCUGUUACCCCAAGAUCCGCCUCUGCCGACGACCCAUGUUCUGCACGACCGCACUUGGCGAAUGUCAGAUGUGACGCCUAUGCAUGGCCGCAUAGCGCUCGAAAGAAUGACUUGCACUGCUCUGAAGACUUGCUUUGCGAAUCCGUUGUACCCGAAUCAUGUGUAUUGCGAUGAGAACGAAGAAGAGGAGUACCAGACGUAUGUGCGGAUCGAUGUAAACGAUGCGAUCGUGCCGCUUCCUGGAUGUGCGGAUGGACCUGGGGGCUCAUGCCCGCUCCACAACUUCGAAAAGAGGGUUGAAAAGAGCGGCCGUGAGACGAAGUCUUUUGCGGAGAUGUGUGGGACCGGAGCAUCCGGCGGCGUUGAGUUCUUGCAUCAAGAGCAGAAACAGGCCUUUCCUAAGACGUGA